AAAGAGACUGGUAUACUUUUUCCAACUAUUUUUCCCUGUUGGAUAAAUAAAAUUUUUACGUGAUAUAUGAUCACCGGUAGUAAGUAGUUUUUGUUAUAAAUAAAAUAAAAGAAGGCAACGAAAUGGAGGAUGGAGAUAAUAAAAUAAUGUCUGAAUUAAGCGAUGAUAAAAAGUCAUUCGCUGGUAUACCUGAAGCAGACUUUGUGGAAGAUGUUGAUGCUUUCAUGGCACUACCCGAGAACAAUGGCCAGGUGGACAAAGUACUUAAAAGGCUGGAUGAAAAUCACAGCAAGUACAAAUUCAUGGAGUUCAAUUUAGCCAGCAAGAGGCGGAGACUUAGGUCCCAAAUUCCCGAGCUGGAGAGAGCACUGGAGAUGAUAAAAAAAUUACAGGCUGAAAAAAACAGCAGCCAAGAUCUUGAGACUCAGUUUUUGUUGUCUGAACAAGUGUUUGCUAAAGCAAUAGUUCCACCAACUGACAAAGUGUGCCUGUGGCUCGGUGCUAAUGUCAUGUUGGAGUACACUCUCGAUGACGCACAAGAACUGAUGGUUAAAAAUAUUGAAACCGCUAAAACGAAGUUAAUUCAAGUCGAGCAUGACUUGGACUUCAUUCGCGAUCAGUUUACGACAACUGAAGUUAACAUGGCGCGAGUUUACAACUGGGAUGUCAAGAAGAGGCAAGCAGCUAAAUCUUCGUCUAAAUAAUCAUACAUUGUAUUAUUAUCAUUAAAGUCAUAAUUAAUUUCACCUUAAUUAUAAAAAAAAACUCCACGCUUUUAAAAAACAAAUUAUUUUAAGCAGUAAUAAAUUUAUUUGAAUUUUUAAUUGCGUUAA